AUGGUUUCAGAUUAUGUUAAGGUGGGCCUGAUGGAAGAUGCGAGACAAGUGUUUGAUGAAAUGCUAGAGCGGAAUGUCAUUCCUUGGAUUUCUAUGGUUGCUAGGUAUGCGAAUUUGGGGGAUGUUGGUGCCGCCAGAGAACUGUUCAAUGAAAUGCUGGAGAAAAAUGCAGUGUCAUGGAUGGCUAUGAUUGCGGGGUAUGGGAUGUGGGGAGAUGUGGAAGGUGCCCCUUGGGUGUUUGGAGUGCCUGCACGGGAUGCUGACUUAGCGGAUUCAGUGGCAGAACAUAUGGAGGAGAGAUGCGUCGAACUCACGCUUGUCACAACCAAUGCCCUGGCUAAGUGUUUUUCUUACUUAAGCUUACCAAAGAUAUUUCUUGAUGUUGUGAGCAAUGCCAAGCCUUUUAAGAACUUUGAUGCUAUGAGAAUAGGGUUGAUCAAAAGCAUCAUGUAUGUUUUCUUCUUCUACUACUUCUGA